AACGCAUCUCCUUCCGCCGCAGCUGGGAGGCCCGCAGAGUCGAGCGAGCGAGCAGCCGCGAGAGAAGGCAGUGGCUGUCGACAGCGGGCGUUUGCAGAAUCUCCAGAAAGGCACUUUCCUGCGACCUGAAUCGGGAGUGAUUUCUUUUCGAACCCGGGAGUAUAGUUCCCUGGAUUGCUGAUCCCCCAGCCCCUGAUGUGAGAGAGUGGCAAAGAGUCCUGGCACCUCAAACAAAAGAGAUGGGAGCCUUUGGAGCGAUAAUAGGGAUUUUACAUUACAUGGGACUCUACAUCCAACUUAGCGCUUCUUCCAGGCAAGCUGGACACGCCGAGGUAGAGAACCACAUCACUGGAAACGCGCUCUUCACUGAGGUGCCCCACGACAUCACGGCGCGCAGCGGGCAGGAUGUGGAGAUGGCGUGCUCUUUCCGUGGGGCGGGGUCGCCCUCCUACUCCCUGGAGAUCCAGUGGUGGUACAUCAGGAACCACAAGGACUGGACAGACAAACAGGCCUGGACUACCAAUCAGGUUACACCCCAAGAGGAGAUAUCAAAAGAUGCAACCAAAAUAAGUGUGGUGAAGGUGGCUGGAAGCAACAUCUCACACAAGCUGCGCCUGUCCAGCGUGAAGCCCUCAGACGAGGGCACGUACGAGUGCCGGGUGAUUGACUUCAGCGACAGCAAGGCCAGGCACCACAAGGUCCGCGCCUACCUGCAGGUGGAGCCCGAGAGGAACCUGGGACCGCACCACCUCAGAGGCGGCCCUCACUCCCAGGACACGAAGCCGGGCAGUCACCCCUCAGAGCUCGGCAAGCACGGCCCCCCUCACAGCCACCACAAAGGGGGCCGGGAACUGAAGAAGCGAUCGGCAGACAGCGACAAUGACUGCACUGACAGCUGUAUCCCAUAGUGCCCCCAAACUGCGUAUCCCCCUCCCCACCCACCCCAUCCCACUGCCCGGCAACCAAUCUUCUGUGUAAAUUGUAUAAAAAGGAGUGCAUGUUAAAUUUCUUUAUAGGAAUGUUUGUCGUUCAUCUGUGGGAGAGGCAGGACACCUGGACAUUUGGGAUUUGUUGUAGGAGACGGCAUUAAGGAGUAGGCAUGAUGAUUUCGGAUUCAAUCACUUUGCAUUCCUCAGUGCUCUGGAGCGGGCCAUGGUUUUUACAUAUUCCAUGUUUUUAUAAUGCGCAGGGGUGAGGCCAAAUUGUCAAUUCUGUAGUCAAUGGAAGGGGCGACUCAGUGUCUGCACAGAGAGGAGAUUUCUCACUUUUUAAAUGGCACAUUUUUUCAUUGGUCCUUAAGAAUUAAAUAAAAAAAUCAAACAUAUGUAAGAAAAUAUAUACAGUAUUUUAAUGUUUUCGCUUUCCUAUGGACAAACUAUUUAUUGAGCUUGUAAAAGGAUUGUUUGGAGGUUUCUCCUUUUUUAUUUUAUUUUUUGCUUUUGAUGUUUUGUAAGAAAUUACUGUAAAAAAAAAUGUUGUACCUUUUCAAAAAUUACUUUAGGAUGUUGGUCUCACCCGAAACUUAUGCCUUUAACACAUUAAAUGGAUCUUACAUGAAUCGUA